AUGCCCUCAUCAGAAUGCGGCUCUAAUUCAUCAUUCGACUCGAACCAGCCGGGUCUUGUCUCUGAGCGUCUAUGGAUGGCUCGCCUUGUAACCUCAUGGUGCAUCAAGGGACGUAGUGCAUUGAGCCGGCGUUUGUACAAGUUACUAUCAAGACGCUAUCUGCUGGCUUCCACUCCCAAUGAUUCAACGACACUCAAGAUGCCUGAUAAGUUCAGGGUUUCUUGUGUGGAUGAUGGUAAUGGACUUGCGGGCGAAUCUCCAGGUCGAAUAGUAUACCCAACUGAAGCCAAUACCUUGUCUCAGAUAGAUACUUGCACUAUUUCUGCUACCGCUUCUCACAAACUUGAAUCAUUAAGCGAUAAGGUUUUGUCAACGACAAUACAUCAGGAUGCAACAGUUGCAACUGAAACCAUCAAUCCAUUAGUGAUUCCAGAGGUAGAGAUGCCAGAAAAAAAGGAGUUUUCAGCAGAUCAGAACAGCCUACGCCUGAUGACCCUGUUGCCAAGCCCCAAUAUCCGAUUGCCCAAACUAAUCCGGCUGCCUCGCGAGUACACUGUUCUUUUAUCCCUGGCUAUGAAAUACAGGCAAGCGCCCUGA